GCUUCAGUCCACAUUACACUGCAGGGCUACUUAGAUUGUCAGUCAUAACAGUGAAUUUCUACAACUCAUCAGUUUCGAUAUCCACGACAUUUAUAAGCUUUUUUGUAAAUAUGGAAUACUUGUAGUAAAUAGUGAUUUUAUUAAACACAUGCUUAACGAAAAAACUAAAUUAACAUUCUAUCAAGUUGAGUUUUAUGAAUAAGGUGGUAAAAACUUAAAAACUGCGCCAUGUCUUCUCAAAUCCCAAUGUCCGUGACCGUCAAGCCAGCGGAGCCUGUGACGUCAAUAGGUUCCAUGGCGACCUUCGGAAGGUUCCAGCGGUGGCAGUACGUGCUGGCAACUAUACCUAUACUGUUUACUGCGAUGAGCAACAUCAACUAUGUGUUUUCUGCGGCUGCCGAGGAUGCCAGAUGUGCCGUGCCAGUCUGCGAAACAGCAAACUCCACACCAGCCCUGCCACCCUGGUGGCCUGCGGUCGAACAUCGCUGCUCCCGUCCGGUGCUCACCAGCGGCAUCGUUGGCAACUGCAGCGUGCACAGCUUCACCAACCAGUCUGUGCGUUGUGACAAGUGGGUGUAUGGUUCCAAUAACUCCAUAGUUUCUGAGUUUGACCUGGCCUGCCAAGAGUGGAAGCGGACGCUGGUGGGCACCGUCCACAACGUGGGUGUGAUGAUAUCCAUGCCUCUAAUGGGCUUCGUUUCAGACAGGUGGGGCCGAAGAAAAUCUAUAAUAGCCAGCGGUCUGGGUCUGGUGGUGGGGGCUUUCAAGACCCUAACCGCGGGUCCGGGCUGGACCGGGUAUCCCCUUUACUUGUUACUGGAGCUUCUCGAGGCUGCGCUGGUAACUGGAACUUACACCACAUGCUUUGUGCUAAUGCUAGAGUUAGUCGGCAAGAACAAACGCAUAAUCAGCGCCCUAGUCCUUGGGAUCAUGAUCUCCUCCGGCGAACUUCUCUUAACCCUCAUCGUCUGGCUGGUCCCCUACUGGAGACACUUCCAGCUCUUCCUCUACUGCCCUGCCUUCAUCUUCCUCGCCUACAUCUUCCUUCUAGAAGAAUCCUUACGCUGGUUAAUUGUUAAUGAGAAAAACGAUAAAGCUGUCAUGCUGGUACAGAAGAUUUCAAAGUGGAAUGGUGUGGCGUUGUCACGGAAGAUGAUAGAUGCUAUUCGGAAUUCGAAAGUGGGGUUUGAUGCGGAUAAAGAAGUGGAGAAGGAGAAGUUCCAUCCGAAGCUGUUGUUUUCUUCGGCGAUGUUGGUUAAAAGGCUAGUAGUAUGCUCAUGGUGGUGGUUCACCGCAGCAUUCGUCUACUACGGCCUCUUGAUCAACUCCGUAACGUUGCCUGGCAACAAGAUAGCGAACUUCGCUCUCUCCGCGAUCUCGACGCUGAUUGGCGAGUUCAUCGCUUGCUUCUCGCUUAACAAGAUCGGGAGGAAGUAUACUUUGCUGGGAGGGUUCCUGGUUUGUGGGGUCGCGUGCGUCGCUGAAGCUUUUGUACCAAAAGCUGCCAAGACCGAAUUAAUAGUGAUAUUCCUGCUCGGCAAGAUGUGCAUAUCUAUCUGCUUCAACGGUAUCUACGUGUACACAUCCGAGCUGGUGCCGACCAGCGCGAGGGGCUGCUUAGUGGGCGCCUGUUCCAUGGUGGCUAGAGUUGGCUCUGUCUUAGCACCCUUGACUCCACUGUUGGGUAACUGGUGGCAUCCAUUGCCGACGCUCCUCUUCGGCGGUUCAGCGUUGAUGGCCGCGUUGCUGACACUCUCGACACCCGAGACAUUGCAGCGAGACCUGCCCGACACCGUCGCCCAAGCUAAAGCUUUCCAUCAAUAACCAGUGGCUCUGUGAACUGCGAGUCCGUCUUUGCAAUAGCAUAGAGAAAUAUAGUAAGAUAAGAGUCCAUACACCAGUUUUGGUAUCAAAAGACUAAUAUUUUCAUAGUCGACAUCUAGCAUCGAGUAGCGGAAUUAUCAGUACUGCUAAGUAGUAGUACCUAGUAGUACUGUCAAGUGACAAUAGAUGUCGCGCCGACCGGAAAGUUGAGCAUUAGACAUUUCUCUAUGGUCUUUGCGUAGUUUGAAUCUGAAUAAAUGUAUAGAUCCGCAACUUUCACAAAUUAUCAAAAAAUAAAUUAUUUAAUAAAUUAAUGAACGUACAAAAUUUUACGAGAAUCGGUUGAGAAACGCGCUCUACAGUUGGAAAGUUUCUCGGAAAUUUCAGGGAAAAUUCACAGGAAAUAAAGGAAAUUUUCAUUUUGGAAAUGGGAAUAAAAUAUAGGUAGGCUAGCAAUCAUACUUUUUUUGCGUUAAGUUUCUGAAAUUUAUCCAUGUGGAAUUUUCUCAAUCGAAACUAUCCAACGGGACACAUUAGUACAUUAGUAGGCACCUCAAUCACUCACGUCCUGAGUGAACGUGACCAUGUGAAUCAAUUUGGGUCUAAGUAAUCACUUUUAAUUCAAAACUAUGUAUUGUAUUGAUAUAAACCACUUUUAAAAAAUAAAUUGUAUAGGCAGAUAUAAUAGAAAUAAAGUAAACAGUACUA